CCCUUUGUCUUCUAUACACGAUGGAGGGGUUUAUGUUUUCUCCGUUCAACUUUAAUGGCUAUCCAGGCUGCGGUCCCAUGAUGGCGCCUAUCCUCCAUGGCAACCCGAAGUUCAAGCCUCACACCUGGGGUAAGGGGAGCAUCUACGUGCCUCCGGAAGCGCUGGACUACCUUGACGUGUGUAAGCGGGCCCAGCUGAAGGCCAUCCUGUCUCAGGUGAACCCCAACCUUACCCCUCGUCUCCGGAAGGCCAACACCAAGGAGUUCGGGGUUCAGGUCAACGCCCAGGUCGACGCGAUGGUCCAGUGUUCCCUAGGACCCAAGACGCUGUUUUACCGGGAGAGGAAAUUUUCGAAGUCGCCUGUGAAGUGCCAACAGAGUCCCUCAGCGGUGUCUUCUCUGGACGGGAAAGCGUUGCCGAGCACUCCGGUAAACAACGUGCGCUUCUCGCGACCCCUCGCUAUCUACUCUCCGGUGUUUGAUCGCCGGUUCUUCGCGCUGCCGGUGACAACACAGGAUGACAGCGCGUGUUGUGAGGGAGGAGAGGGGGACGGCAACGGGGGUAGUGACGAGGAUGGCGAGGCCGACGCUACCGAGCAGAACACCACGGAGGACAAGGGUAGACCGGAAAACCCGCGUGCGGAUGUCAGGAAACCCCUCCACCAGAUGCCCAAAGGGUUCAACUUUCAGUUUCUGGAGCAGAAGUAUGGGUUUUUUCACUGCAGCCAGUGUAACGUCCGGUGGGAGAGUGCCUAUGUGUGGUGCAUCUCUGGAAGUAGUAAGGUGUACUUCAAGCAGCUCUGCCGUAAGUGCCAGGUGGGGUUCAACCCCUACAGAGUGGAGUCUAUCCAGUGCAAGGUGUGUUCCCAGACCCGGUGCUGCUGUGAGCAGAAGGAGAGGCACAUUGACAUGAAGAGGCCUCAUAGACAGGACCUGUGUGGCCGUUGCCGGGGAAAGAGGAUUUCCUGUGACACUACCUACAGCUACAAAUACAUUGUCUGAACUGAACCAUCCCUGCUACAGGCCUAACCACAGAUCUAGGAUCAGAUUUAGCCCAUCGCUAACCGUCCUUAACUUUUUGGUGGAUGUAUCUGAACUUGGAUCAGUGGUUAGAAGAAGAUGGCUGUAAACCAGUUUUCUAAUCCUGGACCUAAAGGGGUGCACCUAUUUGCCUUUGCUCUAACACCUGACUGCACCCCUUUGGGUCCCCAGGAUUGUGAAACAUUGCUGUAAUCAGAUCCUAGAUCUGUGUUUUGGGGAACUACCAGUUCUAAACUUACCCUUUUGGAGUGAUGCACAACCUGACCUUAGACCAGUAUCUAGGGCCACAGUAUCCUACUCUGAGCGUUCCCACAUGGCAGGAUAAACAACACUAUGCCACGGAAGUAAAUGUUUACCCUAACUACAGACCUAGGGUCAGGUCAACCUUCCUCCAAUCCUAUCCACGGUUGUUAGGGAGGUGACACCUAUCUGGCAAGGGGGUGGUAAUCAACUUGUUUCUAACCUGCCAAGGUCAUGUCUUAAAUGUCCUGCCACAACUUUUAUACCCUUUCCACCAUGAUCAACUGAGUGAAUCAAUUUUUGUAAAAAUGAAAUAAACUUAUUGCAGCAUUAA